AAACAAAAGUAAUUUUUCAACGCAGACAUGAUUAUUGAUCUUACACAAAGAAAAAAGAACAACAAUAGAGGCUUUAUUUUCUGAUAUUAUAAAUUGUCUACAUAAGAGAGAAAAAAACUUCACCUGUUUCAAUAAAAUGAAGAUGAACGAAACAAUCAUUUUAUCUGCAAAUACGAAAGAAAACAAAAAAGAAAAAUUAGUAUUUGUAAACAAACUGAAGUUUUUAUUGUUUUGUUGCUAAGCGAAAGAAACUGAAGCAAUAAGGUAGUUGAAAUAAAGUGCUAUAUGGUUAAACAAAAAAACAACUUCUUAUCUGCGGUGAUUUAUUUGUGUUAAGAGAAUUUAGGGUUGUUUACGUAAUUGUACAGUUUAAAUGAAAUGAAACCUAAAGAUAAAGAACAAGAAUACAGAUUGCAGAAUUAGCAUAAAUGAAUACGUGAAAAGAAAGAAAAAGGGUAUCAAUAUAAACAAAAGCAAUGACAGAUGCCAAUUCAACAUGUCAAUUUCGAAUGUCCUUACUACACGAGCCACUUGUAACUGUAUUUGGUGUACUUUUCAGCUUCAUUGCAGUUGCUACCGUUUUAGGCAAUAUACUAGUAUUAGCAGUCUUAAGGCUUGGCAUAAAUGGGAAAAAAUCAAAUCAUAUUUUGACUUCAUUGGCAAUUUCAGAUUUAUUGGUAGGCUUGAUAUUAGCACCUCUGACCUCCUGGCAAUUGAUUACUAGAAAUUUACACAAUUGCGAAGUUGAGGCGGUCCGUGUUUAUUUCACAGCAUUCUUGAUAUGCACUUCAUUGUUAACGGUUGCUUUGAUUGCCUUGGACAGGUACAUUUUGCUGACUAAAUUGGGACACUACCGCCGUUGCAUGACAAGUAAAAGAACAUCGAUUCUUAUUUUAUUCGCCUGGUUAAUCCCUGGAAUUGCUCCGUUACUUCGCUUUGUUGGGAAAUAUACAUAUCUAUCAAUACUAAUUUUGAUAUGUUUUGGUUCAUUUUUAUUACUGAUUCUGAGUUAUUAUUAUUUAACGAAGGCAGUUCGUGAAAAGGAGAAAACAUUGAAUUCACAUCGGCGUGAUUCGAGAAUUUGCUUUCAUUUAGACAGUCGGCGUUCAAAGAAACAAAGAGCGAGGGAAAAGGCACAUAUAAAAUUAGCAAAAAUUGUCAUUAUUAUUGUUAUGUGUCAUUUCUUCUGUCUCAUCUCAACUAACAUUUGGAUCGCCUUUGAUUUACUCAAAGUUGCAUAUUCAUUCAUAAGUCCUUUGACACACCAAUGUUUAUAUCUAGCUGCGUUGGUAACAUCUCAAAUCAAUUCCUGCUUAAAUCCAGUGAUAUAUUUCUUGAAGAAUCCAGAGUUUAGGAGAGGCUUUCGAUUUUUGAUCAAACAAGAAUUGGCUUAUUCGUCAACGAAAGAACAUUAUGAUGUUAGUUCUACUUCAAUGACCGUGUUUAAUAUUACAAUGAAAGAGAAUUCGAAAUGCUGAUGAAACUUACGUAAGUUAAUGUCAUACAGAGUGGAAUCAUUAAUUAGCGGACACCAUUGAUGAGGAGAGAUUUACCUGAUAAUUAGAGAGGUCUGCUAAAGAGAGAGUCAACAUUUUUUUAGUCAUUUUUCUGACCUAUCCAAUUAAUAGGUAAUGGAUAUAAAAACUUUUCAAGUAAAGGCAUCCAUAUAUAUUGUGGAAUAAUGUAGUUUCAAGCCAUUUCUUUUACAUUAUAUUUUUUUAAAAAAUCUU